GCAUAGCCCACUACAAGGUGCUGGCAAAGCUGGCCAGCGGCCUGCACAAGCCGCGGCAGCAGACCAUCGUCCCGUCAUCCAGCGUGCGCGCCCUGUUGGACCCCCUGCCCAUUGGGAAGCUGCGGCAGCUGGGCGGAAAGUUUGGGGACGCGCUGGCGCAGCGCCUCGCGGGCGGCGGCCCCGGCCCCGACGGCUGGCGGCCGCCCGCCACGGUGGGUGACCUGGCGGCGGUGCCCCUGGCUCGCCUAGUCAGCUGGGUCGGGGACGAGGCGGGCGCGUGGCUGUUCCGCCUGGCGCGGGGCGUGGACGACGACGGCGUGAAGCCCCGCACCCUGCCCAAGAGCGUGUCCUGUGGCAAGACCUUCAGGGGGGGCAGCGCGCUGAGGGACCUGGAGGCCACGCACUCGUGGCUGCUGCAGGCAAGGGCUGGGUCCAGCUUCAAACAGCAGCAGCAGCAGCAGCAGCAGCAGCAGCAGCAGGCGGCGGGCGUGGACUGGCGCGGCUCCGGCGCGGCCGUCAGCCGCAGCGCGCAGAUGGGGCGCCCGGAGGCCGCCCCACUCGCGGCCGCGGCGCUGGCGCUGGUCCGCAAGUGGGCCGCGGAGCAGGGCGGCGCCGGGUGGCGGCUGGAGAGCCUUUUCAUGACGGCCAGCAACUUCCAGGCGGCACCCACGGGCGCGUCGACGCUGCAGCGCUUCCUCGUGCCGCGGCCGGAUCCCUUGGGUAGCGGCGCCUCCGCCGCCGCGUCAUCGGGCGCGGCCGUGAGCAGCGAUGACGGCGGCGCGGGCGCGGCCGCGAGCCCGGGGAAGCAGCCGCGCGGGGGCGACGCCGAGGCUGGAGCGGGUCGCGGUGGGUUGCGCAAGCGGCGGCGCGGCGCGGCGGCUGCGGGUAGGGGGCAGGCGGGUAUUCAGCGGUUCAUGGCCGCACGGCAGCAGGAGGACGUGGAUUGCGACGGCGACAGCCGACAACAGCAGCGGCAGCAGCGGGAGCAGCAGCGGGAGCAGCAGCAGCAGCAGGAAGAGCAGCAGCAGGCGCCUGUGUUGGAGGAGGAGGAGGACGACCACGACAACGAGGAGCAUUGGGAGGACCGGGAGGAUGAGUGUGGUGUCGAGGAGGCGGACGGCGUACCGUGUGACGCAGCAGCCGCUGGCGCCGCGUCCGCGUGCGGCAGCCAGGAGGCGCUGGUCGCGUCCCUCAGGGGCUGGCUGGACAGCCAGCAGGCGCUGCUGAGUCAGAGCCAGCAGCAGCAGCAGCAGGGGCGCCCCUCCGCUGACCCUGGGUGA